UUGACAGUUUUGUGACUGAUUUGAGGCUGAAAGCACAAACAUGCAACUUUGCUACACUGAAGGACUCUAUGAUAAGGUACCAGAUUGUAUGUGGCAUAGAAGACCAACAAGUCCGAGAAAGACUGUUGAGAGAGACAGAAUUGUUGUUGGAAAAUGCCAUUAAAAUUGGUCAUGCAGCAGAAUUGUCACAGAUGCACGUCAAGACGUUUGGUGAAAUGGCGUCCACCGCAGCCAGCAGCGUGGGAGGUGACGUGUAUGCCGUGUCAAGGAGAUGGAAGUCGCAGCCUGCACAGCACAAGAGUGACGUCAUGUUCCAAUGCAAGCGCUGUGGGUCGCAGCACAAGCCAAGGCAGUGUCCAGCAUUUGCUCAUCGACACACCUGGAAAGCACUUGAUACUGGCUGAUGCACUCUCAAGAGCACCCAUGGAAAACAGCGUCAGUGCUACUGAAGAGGAUGUACAAAACCAUGUGAAUGUGGUGUCAGCUGCACUUCCAGUGUCAGACAUAAAAACACAACAAAUCGCUGAGGAAACGGCAAAAGAUGAAGAGUUGCAGCGUGUUAUUACCAACAUGCAGAAUGGAUGGCCUCCACAUUCCAGCCCACGGUUCUUCCAUGUUAGAGGUGAACUAAGUGUUGUGGAUGGACUUUUACUGAAGCGAAACCGAAUAGUCAUUCCACAAACAUCGAGGCAGGAUAUACUACAAAGAAUCCAUGAAGGUCAUCUAGGGGUUGAAAAGUGCAAGAGACGAGCACGCGACACUGUAUACUGGCCUGGAAUCAACAAAGACAUUGACAACAUGAUUGGCAGAUGUUCAACAUGUCAAAAAUACAGAAACAAACAAACCAAAAGAACCCACGAUAUUGCCUGAAGUUGCUGCUGCACCACGGCAGAAAGUGGGAAUGGAUUUAUUUUAUUUGAAGGGCAAAGAGUAUGUUGUUGUCAUUGACUACUAUUCUAAUUUCCCUGAAAUGGCUUUGCUAUCAAGCACAUCAUCAAACUGUGUGAUCACGCAUGUCAAAUCUAUAUUUGCUAGACAUGGUAUACCGCAUACUGUGGUGAGGGACAAUGGACCAUGUUUCAACAGCAAAGAGUGGCAGCAAUUUGCAAAACACUGAUUUCAGACACGUGACGUCAAGCCCUCUGUACGCACAGUCAAGUGGAAAGGCUGAGAAAGGAGUACAUAUUCUUAAACAACUUUUGAAGAAAGCAGUGGAUAGUAACUCUGAUCCCUACCUAGCACUACUUAGCUACAGAGCAACACCUCUUGAGUGUGGCUUGUCACCCUCUGAACUACUGAUGAACAGAAAGCUUCGUACGACACUACCAAGUAUGUCACAGAGUCAAAAAGUACAACGGAAGCUAAAGCAACAAAAGCUAAAGCAGAAGUCGUUUUAUGACAAAGCAGCCAAAUCGCUCCCACCACUAUCACCAAGUGACACAGUGACAAUUGAAAGUCCUGAUGGUUGGAAAACCAAAGCUACUGUUCUCCAAGAAACAUCACCACGAUCAUAUACUGUGUGUGAGGAGUGAAGAAGGACAGAUAUUACGUCGUAAUCGUCGCAGUUUGCUGAGGGUUCCGGAGACGGUUUCAGGCCAGGAAACAGCUGUAGUCCAAAGUGUCAUCCACACCGACUGUUUCGGACCAGGCAGCAGCUGGGUCCGAGGUUUCAUCUGCACCUACUGACUUUGAGGCAGUGCCGACGCAGCACAGGAAUGAAGACGUGACUGACGAUCCUGAACCUGUGUUGAGAAGAUCCACAAGGCAGAUCAAGAAACCUGUGAAUGACGACUACGUGUAUUAUUGAACUCUUAUAAUAUCAAACUGAUUGACAAGCUUAAUGUUUUUUAAAAUCAUUUAAAUGUUUUCUAAUACUGUGGUGCAUGGAUAGUUUUUGAAAAGAUUGCAUAUUCAUGUGGUCAAGAAAGAAAAACAAGUUAUUUGUUAAAUACAUGACAUUGUAUUAGCAAUGGGUGUUUAGUUUAGAAAGGGGGAUGUAAUGAUAGUGUUUGACCACAUGGUGGUAGUAAGUGACUAGGAACCACUAUAUAGGAGGUGUCAGGUAGGACUCUUUAGAAUGAAACACACCUUGUACGCACGAUGGUGGAAGUAGCGUGUAAAUAUGUCAUCGUGAUUAAAAAGACAGUUUACAAGACAUCCAACGAAGUGUUAUUUUAAACGAUAACAUAACUUGCCCUUCAUCAUGUUAGAAGUUUUGGAGGUAGAAAGCGUUUUAGAGUAAAGGUAUAACUCACAUAUAUUGAAUUGGACAUCCAUUAAAUAAACAUUUGACACUAUACUCACUUCCGCCCUGUGCUACGUAACACUGUGACUCACUUCCGCCCUGUGCUGCGUACGCAUUGG